CGGUUUUAUAACUGUCAGUACGAGCCAUUCCAAUCUUUCUGCUGUGGUCUUUGAGUUUCUCAAGUCUUUGGUUCUUUUUCUUUUGCUUAGGGUUUGUCGCCGUGAACGUGGUGUUAAUUUGUGUAAAAGUGUAUUGUGUCUUUUUCUGUUUUUUUAAGCAAUAAGCACAAAGUAAUUCGUUUCCAUUUUUGUUGAUUUUUAUUACAAUCAAAAUGGGCGAUGAAAAUCGUAUUAGAUCUUUUAAAAAUAAAGGCAAGAACACAGAUGAAAUGAGAAGAAGACGUAUAGGGGAAACGGUUGAGUUACGAAAAGCAAGAAAGGAUGAUCAACUUCUCAAGAGGCGUAACAUAUCAGUGGCUGAAGAACCCACUUCACCAUUACAGGAUAAUAAUCUACCAUCUCCUGUAUCUAUGAGUUCUGAGGAAAUUUUAUCAGGUAUUAUGAGCAGUGAUGAAGAAGAACAGCUAAGAGCAACAAGGGCUUGCAGAAAGAUUUUAAGCAGAGAACGUAAUCCUCCGAUUGAUCAUAUGAUUAGAUGUGGAGUUGUUCCUCGAUGUGUUGAAUUUUUAACACAUUUUAACAAUCCAUCAUUACAAUUUGAAGCCUGUUGGGCCCUUACGAACAUUGCCUCAGGAACUUCAGAACAAACUCAAGCAGUUGUAGCAGAAGGAGCAAUUCCAAAAUUACAAGCCCUGCUAUCUUCUCCACGCAUUGAUGUAGCUGAGCAAGCUGUCUGGGCUAUUGGUAAUAUUGCAGGUGAUGGACCCAAAACAAGAGAUCUGGUUUUACAGUGUGGUGUUUUAACAGACUUGUUAAGACUUAUCAAACCAGAUUCUUCAGUUUCUUUGUUACGUAAUACUGUUUGGGCGAUUUCCAAUCUUUGCAGAAAUAAAAACCCUCCACCAGAUUUUGACACAGUCAGGCCUGCAUUGCCAACAUUGGCCAAACUGUUGCAUUUUAAUGACAAAGAAGUGCUGGCAGAUACAUGUUGGGCUCUUAGUUAUCUUACAGACGGGACUAAUGAAAAGAUACAAGCUGUUUUGGAUACCGGUUUAAUCAGCAGAUUGGUGCAGCUCUUAUACAGUGAAGAAUUUACUGUACUCACGCCUGCACUUAGGGCUGUUGGCAACAUUGUAACAGGAAACGACAGUCAGACCGAUAUGGUUAUUAAUGCAGGUGCUUUGGAAGUAUUGGGUCGCCUUUUAAGUCACCAACGCCUUAAUAUUGUAAAAGAAGCUGCUUGGACGGUGUCUAACAUAACAGCUGGCAAUUCAGAACAAAUCCAAAGAGUUCUUGAUGCAGGUGUCAUGAAACCUUUGCUCGAGGUUUUGCAAACUGGCGACUUCAAGUCUCAAAAAGAAGCAGCCUGGGCAGUAACAAAUUACACAAGUGGUGGUACAAUAGAACAGUUGGCAAAACUAGUUGAAAUGGGUACACUCAAGCCUUUGUGUAAUCUUCUGAAUGCAAAAGAUUGGAAAACUGUUAGCGUUGUAUUAGAUGGGCUUGCUAAUAUAUUGAACGCUGCAAACCGUCUAGGAGAGGUAGAGAAGGUCGCCAUUAUGAUUGAAGAGUGUGGAGGUUUGGAUUCUUUAGAAGCAUUGCAAGCUCAUGAUAAUGAAAAUGUUUACGAAAAGGCUUUAAGUCUCAUUGAAAAUUACUUCUCAGAGAACGCUCCUGAUGAGAGCGUUCCAGCCCCGCAAACUGCUGAUGGUCAACUCCAAUUCAAUCCACAGAUCAAUUCCAAUCUUCCAAAUGGUGGUUUUUCGUUCUGAAAUAUUCUUUUUGGUUGUUUUUCGCAUUACUCGUUGUAAUCUGCAAAUUUCGAUAUUUUUAUUUCCUAGCGUUCCUGAAAGCAUUUAUUAUCGUUAACGUUAAGAAUAGUGAAGACUGUAAUAAUUUGUUCUUUAAAUACCUAUGAUGUGGCUUUUUCAUUUAAUUUCCUUUUAAGUUAAAUAAGAAUAAUUUGUAUUUUUUGUAUUGUUUCUAAAACAAAUAUGCAAGGAACAGCAGGAAAGGACAGAAGUUUUUUACAACGAAUUUAAGAAAGCUUCAUUCAUUGAAUUAAUAAAAAGUGCCUUAUAAUUAUAGAUUUUAAAGACCUUUAAUCCGUUCUUUCCGGCUUAUUUCUGUGCAUUGUUUGUACUAUUCCAUAUCUAAUAAAUUAUCAGAAGUA